AUCCUCAUUUUAUCAUGUAUUGGUUUGUUUUUCUGUUUUUUUUUUUUUUUCUGUUUCACUUGCUUUUUGGAAUUCUGGAAACUUUCGACAUGAUAUGUAUCAGCUGUUUGGGUUACUUGAUAACACACUUUUGUAUUGACUGUUGGAUGAACGUCUGUCAGUUUGCUGAUUUUCGUGGAAUUCUGACCAUAUGAGAUUAGACUUUCUUUUUUUAAUUGUUUAUCAUGUUAAUUUGACUAUGUUAGUUUAUGUAUUGAACUUUGUCCUUUAUUCGUAUUUCUUGUCUUUUACAGCAGUCGUACUUUUCCAUGUUAUCUGUUUUCUAACUUUUGAUAUAGGCAUAUGAUUUAAUGCCCCCUGUUAGAUGUAGUUCAAAUUCCAUAGGGAUGUAUUUAAUUGAACAUGCAAAAUCUAAAUAAUUAGCUCAGUGAAUCUAUGAUGUUUUUCUGAGAAAUAAAUCUCCGAGGAUGAAUUUGGCAUGAACAUUGGUUAUUUGUCUCAAUGAUAUUUUCCUUUGAUUGAAUUUUCUAGUCAAAGGGGUUUCUGCGUGCAUACAGACAUAGCCUGCUUUUACCUCCCAGCGCACAACACAAGCAUGUUAACAAUGACAUUUGUCUCGUGACCCCUGUUUUAUCUUAUAGAAUGCAGAAUAUAUUUCUUUUUCUCCCCUUUCACUUGAAUUCCAGCUAUUGUAUAUACUUGCUGUAAGCGUUUUGCUCUGAUAAUCUGAAGCUCCUCUGUAAGAAUCCAAAUGAAUUAUUUCAUGCAACUCCAAUUAUUAGGAAACUAUAUAUAUAUAUAUAUAUGAACUAUUUUUUUUUUAUUUCAAUGCAUAAAAUUAAUCAGUGAAGUUAUAAAGAAGGUACUAUGAUGAAGAAAUUUAACUAUGGUACAUGCUAAUUUUGUAGCAGUUUUUGUUCUAUUCCUUGUUGGUAUCUGAACCUAAAUUUAUGCACUACGAGUGGCGUCUCUAUGGCUCAAUCUGACCAGUUUAUGUUGAGUCUCGAGUUCUGUAUACAAGUCAUUACUAUCAAGAUGCUUGUAAAGUUAUUGUCUAAUACAAUAUAUAUUAUACUUUUGACAAUCAUGUAGCAUUAUGAGUUUUUGAUGAUCUGAUACACUAUGCCAACGUGUUACAGAAUUAAGGUAUUGAUGGAUGAGUAUUCUGGUAAAAGAGCCAUUGAUGGGGUGGUAGUCCCUAGAAAGGGGAUGACCCAUGUGUUCAGAGAGACUGGUAAUACUAGAGAUCGAAAUGGUCAGGUGUGCAGCCGUGUAACUUGCAGUAGCAGAAUCAACUCUUCUAAAAGUAGUUCUUCUGAAAAAGGUAAAUCUUUGAAACCUUCAACCCGGUCUUCUUCAAGUGGCAAGGAAGCAAUUGGAAGCUCCUCUAGAACUUUUUCCGGGACUAGUAGCCCUGUUAUAAAGCCUCGGAAAUCAUUAUCAUCUCAGUUCGAGACUGAUUCAUCUGAAACUGGUAGUGUACAGGAUGAACCACAAAUUUCAAAACUCGUACCUCCCGUUGAAAAAUUUCAAGCAGAAGUCGAAAAUACAGAGUCUGGUAAUGUGAUGCCAAUGGAAGUAGGAAGCUCUAGUGCAGUAUCCAAUACAAGAUCUCGGAGGAAUUUUAAUCCAAAACCUGGAUUACGUGGUCAAGAAAUUAAAAGCAAUGGUCCUGUGACACGUGCUGGUACCAGUAGGUAUGGAUUAAGGAACCUCAGAUGCAACUCUAUUUCUGAUGUCAUCCCUGCAGGUUGUUCAUCAUCAGAUUCAACCCUUAACAGAAGGAAGGAUAUGAUAAAAAGAAGAAAUUGUGAAGGGGAAAGUAGUUCCACUGCUAGAGGGAAGAAGAUGAGUGGAUCUUCAGUAGAAGGACGGAAUUCUGGUUCCAGAAAUGGCUUAUCUAUAUAUGAUUCAAGAAUAUCUAGGAAUAAUCCUCCCCACAGGGACCGGUCAGACAGUAGUGUGGCGUCAGUUAGAACACGAAGACCAAUUAGUGGUCAUGCCAGGGGAAGGCUUUCUAUCGAAGGAAAUGCUAAUCAUUUACCACCUAAUGUCAUACCUUCUCUGCCUCAUUCUGGUGAUCUUAGUGCUCCUGGCAUAUCACAUCAUACUUCUGUAGAUACCCCUUUAAGUUAUCCAAGCUCUUACAGCAGAUCAGGUACUGGAAGUGAAGAAUUAUAUGGUGUUAUGCCUGCAUCUCCUCCAGAGUAUGGCAUUGCACAUUCUCUAGUAAAUCGGGAUAGCUUCCGGCGACGUUACAACAUGGGUGGUAUUGCAGAGGUAUUGUUGGCACUUGAGAGGAUUGAACAAGAUGUUGAGCUGACACAUGAGCAAAUUCUUUUACUGGAGUCCAACUUGUUCCUUACUGGACUAAACUUCUAUGAUCCACAUAGAGAAAUGCGAUUGGACAUUGAUAACAUGUCAUAUGAGCAACUGCUGGCUCUUGAAGAGAGGAUGGGUACUGUGAGCACAGCUGUAACAGAAGAAGCACUAUCAGAAUGCUUAAAGAAAAGUUUCUAUCAAUCCAAUGCAGCUGAGAGUUGCAAUGAGGAUAAGGAUGAUAUCAAAUGCAGCAUUUGCCAGGAAGAAUAUGUAGUUGCAGAUGAAGUGGGGAGUUUGCAAUGUGAGCACAUGUAUCAUGUGGUAUGCAUACAGCAGUGGCUACGGCUAAAGAACUGGUGCCCUAUUUGCAAAGCAUCAGUGGCACCUUCAAAUUCAUCCUCAUCCCAUGAAUUACAAUGUUAGGCAAGACAAGGGAAACUGAUUUCUUUGUUCCCCCAUUCUGUUAAUUUUUUUCAUCACUUUUGUACAAAAUACAGUUCCUCCUCACUUCUCUUCAUAUUGGUCAUUUGUACAUAGCCUAUAUAUUCAUCCCAGUUACCCAAUAAUCCAAGCCACUUUAACUUGUUAAGCUGCGGGUUUAAUAUCUAAAUAUCCCUCU